AUGGUUUCUAUCAAGUUCUGGUCCCUUGCCACUCUCAUUACUCCACUAGUAUCUGCUGGUGGAGGUGUUCAUUAUUCCAAGCAUGGCAAUCGACCCCAAUGCACCGUCCUCGCGAACGGCGGCACCACCAAUGAUGUACCAAAUAUCCUCAAAGCAUUCAGCAAAUGUGGUAAUGGAGGGGACAUCACGUUCCCCGAAGGACAGAAUUACUAUAUCGCUUCAAAGUUGAACCCGACGGUGAAUGAUGUGAACAUCAAUUGGCAAGGUAUUUGGACGUUCUCUCCUGACAUCGAGUACUGGAGACGAAACAGCUCUACCUACCCUAUUGCCUUCCAGAAUCAUGCUGCCUCGUUCAUUUUGACCGGCGAUCAUAUUCGCAUUAAUGGAUACGGGACAGGAGGCAUACACGGGAAUGGCGAUGUCUGGUACACCGCAGAAGCAGGACACACCGUUCCGGGAAGACCCAUGCCUUUCGUGUUCUGGAACGUCUCGGACGUGACUGUCAAAAAGUUCUUCAUCAUUGAUCCACCAUUGUGGAGUUUCAACAUCAUGAACGGCACUAACAUGUGGGUCGACGAGCUGUACUGUAACGCCACUGCUACACAGGCAAAUGCGAGUCAGAACUGGGUACAAAAUACGGAUGGGUUCGAUACAAUGGACUCGAAGAACGUCCGGCUCACCAACUUUGUAUAUCAAGGAGGUGACGACUGUAUUGCCAUCAAGCCCAGGUCCUCAAACAUCUUUGUUCAGAAUGCGACAUGCAGAGGCGGGAAUGGCAUGGCGAUCGGCAGUCUAGGGCAAUACCUCGAAGACAAUACGGUUGAAAACGUGGUCGUGGAUGACGUGAAGAUCAUCCGAUGGAACGAAGAUAUGCACGGGUCUGUUCUAAUCAAAACGUGGGUCGGCGCCUUGGUCCCCCAAAAUCCAUCUGCCAAUGGCUACUACGAGAAUGGCGGGCAGGCGCGAGGAGGCGGCUGGGGAUCCGUCCGCAACGUAGUCUUCUCAAACUUCCAAGUCGAAGGUGCGGACGCAGGACCGACAAUUGAUCAAGGAUCGGGCAACAAUGGCAGCUACGCAGGCACGAGCUUGAUGGACAUAAGCAAUGUCGUGUUUGCCAACUUCAGCGGCUGGCUCUCUGGCAAAGAGACCAAGGAGCGUACGACGAGCGAACGAGCAGCUGUAGCUACAUCUCGCCAGGAGGAGUGCACGGCGUCUCGGGGAGUGGGUGCUCUUGAGGGGUUUUUUGCCGUCUAG